AUGUCACCUCAGGAGCUGAUAGAGAAGAAGAGGAUUAAGAUCUUAUUCAGAUCUCAAAUACACUUCAUAAUUCAGAACAUUGAGAAGACAGCCCUGCUCUCUGAGCAUGUCAAUCUGCUUACUGCUGAGAUGAAACCCGAGACAGCAGAUCAGAAAAUGCAGGAUUUUGAGGCACAGAUUGACCUGGCUGAGAAGAAGCAGUAA